AUGAUAGGAAAGCUUGGGUUCCCCGAGCAAGAUGAAGAAUCCGAGCCGAGUUAUACUUCCUUGACAUACACCCGGGCACAUAUAUUGAACGAGGUCAAAGAUCAGGUGACACUACGGUGGCCAGCCAAAAUGGUCAAGCCAGCGCACGAGCGCAACAAAAAUAACUACUGCCGUUUUCACCAAGACCAUGGCCAUGUUACCAAGAAGUGCAGACAGUUAAAGGACGAGAUGGAGGCGCUCAUCCAGAGAGGGCGUCUCAGCCGAUUCGUCAAGAAAGAGGCGAAUGAUCGAAGGACGGAUUACCGAGCUCGAGAACCCAAGGGAAGGCGAAGGUCACCCCCUAAAGUUAACAAAGAAGAACUCCCCCAUGGUAAACCCCAUACUGAGAAUGCACCAUUGAGAGAGAUCACGACCAUAUUUGGUGGGCCUGCCAUGGGGGGAGAAACCUCAAACUCCCAAAAGCAACAUGCAUGGAAUGUCCUCCAAACUGAGACUAUGGUCAAAAAGAGGAGAACCGGCUGUCCAAUAACCUUCUCUGACGAAGACCUGGCUGAUAUACAGAUGCCCCAUGACGAUGCCCUGGUGAUCAAGAUGGUAAUCGCUAACUGCAUGGUAGGGAGGAUCUUGGUGGACAACGGGAGUUCAGCCGACAUCCUGUACUAUGAUGCGUUUGAAAAGAUGCUCUUAAAAUCAGAGAUACUGAAAAGGGUGGAGUCUCCUCUGUACGGGUUCAAUGGGGCCCCUAUAAGGAUCGAAGGAUCGAUUGAGUUAUUGGUCACGGUGGGGACAGAACCUAAGCUCUCUACCGUGAUGUUGAAUUUUUUGGUGGUAAAGGUCAAUUUUGCACACAACGGGAUAUAG